UGGUGCUACGUCAUCACUCCGGCUGAGCGGGGAGGCUAGCUAAAGCUGUUUGUAUCCUAUUGGUCGCUCACAUCAAUGUAAACAUGUAGCUGUUUCCUCGAUGUGACUGUCUUUUUGCCAUUAUGCGGCGACUCCUUACUCUGAACUUGUUAAUCGGUUGUCCGAAAAAAAAAUAUGGCUGUGUUGCUUAAAGUAGCGUUUUUUGACCCGGGACAGUGUGGCGUUAGCUCGAUAACUAGCUAAUAUCGGGCCGUGUUUGUAUGAAGCUGGCCUUGCUAAUUAAGACAGCUACGAAAAGCGGGCUGAACAGAGGUUAGCCUAACAAAGGAGAAUGUCAAGUAAUGUUAUCUGACAGGGGGGGGGACAUAAAGAAGUGGACAUGAAGAACUCCAGAAGUGCUGGUGCCUCGUCACCUGUGAACGGGAAAAAAGACUGGGACACCAGGCGGAAGAGGAAAAUUGUGGAUAUCACACAGGCCCUGAGUGCAAGUCCAGUGGAUGUGGCAGCUUUGAGGAGGAUGGCUAUCAGUGAAGGUGGGCUGCUGACUGAUGAGAUACGCUGUCAAGUCUGGCCUCGGCUUCUCAACGUGCCCCCUAGCGUCCUGGAUCAGGACCCAGAAAAGGUAGAGCGGGAGAAUAACAAAGACUACAACCAGGUGUUGCUUGAUGUCCAGCGCUCACUGCGGAGGUUCCCCCCUGGAAUGCCAGAUGAGCAGAGGGAGGGUCUCCAGGAAGAGCUCAUUGACAUCAUCCUCGUUGUUCUGAAACGUAAUCCUCAGCUGCACUACUACCAGGGAUACCAUGACAUUGUUGUCACCUUCCUUUUGGUCCUGGGAGAGCGACUUGCAACUGCUCUUGUUGAAAAGCUUUCCACGCAUCAUCUCAGGGACUUCAUGGAUCCUACCAUGGACAACACAAAACACAUUCUAAACUAUUUGAUGCCCAUCAUUGAGAGGGUCAACCCUGACGUGCAUGACUUCAUGCAACAGGCUGAGGUGGGCACAGUCUUUGCUCUUAGUUGGCUGAUCACCUGGUUCGGUCACGUCCUGUCAGACUUCCGCCAUGUGGUCCGGUUGUAUGACUUCUUCCUGGCCUGCCACCCAUUGAUGCCCAUCUACUUUGCUGCUGUGAUCGUACUGUACAGAGAAGAGGAAGUGUUGGAGUGUGAAUGUGACAUGGCCAUGGUUCAUCACCUGCUCUCUCAGAUUCCUCAGGAUCUGCCCUAUGAGACCCUCAUCAGCAGAGCAGGAGACCUCUUUGUCCAGUUCCCUCCCUCUGAACUGGCCAAAGAGGCCGCCUCACAUGAGAGCAUGGCGUCAUCUACCUUUAAGGACUUUGACCUUGCCUCCACCCAACAGCGACCAGACUCUGUCCUCCGUCGCCGCCGCCGACAACGACAGGCUGCUCUGGAGAGCUCAGCAGCAGCUGCAGCAGCGAGCUCGGCGGUGGCCCAGCCUUCAACUGCACGGCGGUUUGUCCGACUGGCUGUCAUGGGCCUGACGGUGGCUUUGGGGGCAGCAGCUCUGGCUGUGGUCAACACUGCCCUGGAGUGGGCCCCUAAGCUGGACUUGUUUCCUUGAACUUUAUGUCCUUGACUGAAUCUAGAUGAUGGGUCUGUCUCCAAGAACCCUUUAAAGAAUUAAACCACAAACCUUUCAGUCGAUAACACUGUCUGGAGUGUUCCCUCUGAACUGAAUCAGUUAACACUCUGCUUCUCCUCCACUAGCAUGGGUCAAAAACAUCCUGUGGAGGGUCCUUUUUAUGACUCCUGAAGAGGGUUAACCGAUGUAACAGCAACGGCUGCUCGUGUUGUAAAAUGAAGAAUCCAUCCUGUUGUAAUUAGGAAAGUGUAUUUCUAAGAACUAGAACCGAUGGUGUCAUAUUAAAGCUUAUUUAUAUUUGGUUGUAGGAUAAUCGGAUAUCAAGUUAUGCUCACAGAGAUUUAUUCUGAUAGCUUGGUUGAAGCAUUACACUUGAAACUGCUGCCAAUUAGGAGAGCUAGAGUGCAUGAAUGAAAGUUUGUGUGUGUGUGUGUGUUUGGGCGUUAUCUAUUUGAUACCUGGACUGAGACCAAACAGAGGAUGAGUUAGAGUCCUCUCUUUGUAUAGUUAACUAUUUCUUCAUAAUAGCUGUAGAGGGAUCAUGAAACAAAGACACUUUUUAAAGUCACAAUUUUACGACGUUUUUAGGAUUUCUUUGUUGCUUGGAGUAGUUCAAGAAACGCCUUUUUUUACAGUUAAGAGAAAAACGUCAUUCUUUCUUGGGCCGAGUAACUUAAGACUGACUGUUGACAGUUACAUAUUUAUGGUGGCUCAUUUUAGGGUCAGUGAAACCUAACUGUAAAAAGGUUUUUCACACUAAGUGUUAGUGGGGUUAUCAAGGUAACUUUAUCGUAGCCUCCUUGGGACUAGUUUUCUUAUCUUAAAACCUUAAAUUUGAAGAUUAGACUCCAGACAAGAAUUCAACUUCCACAGUGCUUCAAGUAAAAACAAUCCACUAGCCUGGAACAGUUUCAUUGUUUCCAAUUAAUCGCUUAAUUAACUAUCGGGCUGCAUACUCUUAAAAGUGUGUCUGUGUUUCAUGGCCAGAAAACUCUAGUUUUCCACUCCCCCGUAGAUGAUUUAAUCUCUUUCCAUGAUUUAACACUAACUCACUCAAUGCCUGCUAGCAGAAAAUAUCAGAGAAGUGAUGAAUCGUAAUUCAAAUGAAGUGGAUAUCAUAGUCCUUGUGUUUGCACAGUGGGGGACCUAGUUUGCACUGACCACAUCUAAUUUAGCUAAAUCACUUACAUUUGACUUUGGUAGGUGCUUUGAUCACUUUCUCUGGAAGCAGCCUCAGCCUUCAAAAUUCUUUAUUUUCCAAUGUUUUUAGUUUGUUUGUUUUAAACAGGAAUUAGCACAUGUCAUUUGGUUAGCUCGAUUGCUUUGAGUGUAGCAUUUCAGUUUUAGGAUUGGUCCAGCUUAUUCCAAUGUUCCAGUCAUUUUCAUCCAAUCACAUGUUUAAAGAACAGUUAUAGGGCUUUGCUUAGGUGGCAUCACACUCUGCUGGAUAGCAAAGUAUUUAAAAAUCAAACAAACAGGGAAUAGUUUCAGAGCACUUCUUUCUUAGAUAAUGAAUUUUGGUUGCCUAUUAUCUUUUUGAUGUCAUUAGAAAAAAAAACUUCCAAGGUCACCUGCAUUGCAGCUCAACAGUCCAACUACAAACGUAUCAUUUCAGCUCAACAAACAAAAAGUCAACACAUACAUCCCAUUCCUCUGUUAUUCCCUGAUUGGUUAGGUUUAUUGCCUUCUUUAGUGAACCACUGAUUCAUCCAAUAUGGGAUGAACAAACUACAUGAAGGUGUUUUGUAACAUGUCUACACUCUGAGGUGCCUGAGAGUCGUAAUAGUUGAGCAGUAUUGUAACACAAUGUAUCUACACUCUGGUUUUUCAUUUAUUUUCAUUGCACUAAAAGAUUUAUCUGCCUUUUAUGUUUAUUUUGUUAUAACAAAUCUGUCUUACUAAUGUCAAGUUGUACAAGAAAAUGCUAAUAAACUAGAGUCAAAAUGGUU